CCUUUGUGAUCUCUUUCCUUCCUAGCGAAUAAGUGAAUGAAUACUUUUGUGUAUAUAUAUCACAUUUUCAACCUACAACUUUUCUAAGCAAUCAAUCUUAUAGAGUUGAAAAGAUUUUUUUUUUUAAAGAUGGCCUACUCAAAAUUUGUUAUUUUUGCCAUUCUAGCUCUGUCUCUUCUACUUUCCGGUGCUGAAACAAGAAAGGCUGUGUUGCCUGGCAGCGAAUUAUUCAAAAUGUGUUGUAAUAAUCAGCCAGAAUUUGGAACUUGUGAUACAAAAGAAGAUGAUGAGAGAUGCACUCAGAUGUGUCUUGAUGGUUGUUCCACUAACAAAGGUGGUGGCUGUCAACCUAUCUCUGCUGCCCCUGGUUCUGUUUGUUCAUGUUACUGUUAAUUCUUCUUCACCUUGGCUUUAUUGAUUGAUAAAGUCAUAAAGGAAAACUAUAUUUAUUUAUUUACCUAAAUAAUAACGUAAUUCCAAACGUAAUAUCUUUUUCAAUCAUAACUUUAAACCAUCUCUCAAGUAAUAAGAACACAAAAGAAAAAAAAAAGAAAA